AUGGAUUACCAGACUCUCAAAGUGACGCCAGCAUGCAGUGUCCAAGGCCUAGAAGACUACGAUACACCACGAGCUCCACUUUUACGCCAAGUUUCCCUAGAUGAGGAGAGAAGAGACGAGUGCCAGGGCCACUGGCGAGGUCCUGAGCUGCAGGGAGAAGAGGAAGAGAGAGGAGUCAGGCUGUUCAGGGCUUUACUGCUUCAGCAUCUAAGGCUGGAGCACUUGAGGCCACCGCCCUGCUUUGUGGCACCAGCUAAACCUGAUCAAAGAGGAUGGUGGAUGUAUUGGCGCGACUGGAGGUCUUUGGAGCGAGCAGCUCGAAGGUUCAGGGAGACGAAGGCUCGAGCCCGGCUUGCAGCUGAGGCAGAACACAUAUCCCUGCUGUGCCUUGACGAGGUCGAGUUUGAAGAUAUCAUGCAGGAGUUGUGUCAGGCUUGCGUCCACACAGAGCAAAGAGCUUUAGUAGUCCUAGCGUUUCUUUGUGAAGUUUGUGCUCGUGCUGUAAGAGUGGGGGGAUGGUGUAGAGCUGUCGACUGGGCCGCCAAGCACGUGGCACAGUGUGCCACGCCAUGGGCCAUCAAACAUGGUGGAUGGAGCACAGUAGUAGAACGCGCAGGUGGUUCACGACGCGACGAGACAACGCUGCUAGCCGGGGCGGCGCUCGCGGCUUUACUGGCGUUUCUGCUAUUUUGUCGAGCGCGCCUGCGCACUGCGCUUUAUUAA